AUGGUGAUCAAGCAUUUCAGCCACCGCCAUCCCUUGAGUCCAUACGAAGUAGAAGAGGACCAAGACAUAAUAUGCUGCGUUUGUGAGGAAGAAAUCCUUCCAACGUCACCAGCUUACAAGUGCAACAACAAGAACAACUCCAUAUCGUGUGAGUAUUUUCACCUCCACAAACACUGCUUUGAAUUGCCAAGAGAAUUCCAACACUCUUCUCACCCUCAACACUCUCUAACUCUCCUUCCAAAACCUCCUUCCUAUCUCUUUAACUGUGCCGCUUGCGCCGGCUAUAACUCGUCCUUUGUUUACAACUGCGCCGCUUGCGAAUUCGCUCUUCAUGUUCGGUGCUCCGGUUUGGAGGAGUUGGUGAGGCGGGAGGAUCACCAGCACCCGCUCCAGCUCGUGUUUUCGUUGCGGCCGGAGCAGAAGGAAGAGGAGGAGGAGGAGGAUGAGGAAGAAAAGGACUAUUGGUGCGACAUCUGCGGGUGCUGUGUCAAGGAGGGACGCUGGGCCUAUUUGUGUAAAGAGUGUGGUUAUGUCACUCACUUGGAGUGUGUAAGUGCGGAAGCUGAAGUACUUUUGCUUAGAACUUAUAAUUACAAUGCUGCAAUGUUUGCUCAUGGCUGUUUGGCUAUAAAACUGUUGUUAUGUUCACUACUGGCCUGCUAG